AAAAGAUCUGACAACGUGCACAGCUCAGCGCUCAUUCACCAGUCAGGAUGGGCAAGAAGAGCCGCAAGUUGGUGUUUCUUGACGUGCUGAUCUCCGGCACUCCCGCCGGCCGCGUCGUCAUCGAGCUGUUCAAUGACAUCACGCCCAAGACGUGCGAGAACUUCAGGUCUCGGGGCGGUCAAGAAGGGCGAGAGGGAUGGAUGGGUGGUCUCAUGCGUGGCAUGCAUGUCUGUGUGUGUCUGCGUCUGUGUGUGGGUGUUGAUUCAGGUGUCUGUGCACCGGCGAGAUGGGCACGGGGAAGGCCACCCGCCUCCCGCUCACCUUCAGGGGUGAGUGAGCAAAGCCAGAGCAGAGCAGGGGGCAUGGACCUCACGUCACUCGUACGGACGGGUGUCUCUGACAUCCCGGGGGGCUCCACAUGUAAGUACGUGGUGUGGUGUGCGGUGUCCCGUUCCUUGCGCAGGGAGUCCCUUCCACCGCGUCAUCAAGGGUUUCAUGAUGCAGGGCGGGGACUUCCAGAACAAAAACGGCACCGGCGGCGAGAGCAUCUACGGCGGCAAGUUCCCGGAUGAGAACUUCAAGGCCAACCACGACAAACGAGGCCUACUCAGCAUGGCCAAUGCAGGUACCUAGGUGAAACGUGGCGGGGGUGGACGAGUGGACGAGUGGAUGAGGAAGAUGUGUGUGUGCGUGUGUGUGUGUGCGUGUGGUUCCACCGCUGUCUGUCGAUAUAUCAGGUCCUGGCACCAACGGCAGCCAGUUCUUCAUUACCUUCGCCCCGUGCCCCCAUCUCGACGGGAAGCACGUGGUCUUCGGCCGCGUUGUGGAUGGCUUCGACGUGCUAGACGCCGUGGAGCAGAUACCCCCAGAGGCAGGCAGCAAAGACAAGUAAGUGACCAGCAGACCGACAGGCAGACACGACACCAGCCCACAUACAGUCUCCAUGCGCAAACUCUGUCUCUCUCUGGCAACUCACCAGGCCAAGCGAGCCCAUUAUCAUUCGCAAGUGUGGCGAGCUGGUCCUCAACCCCGAUACAGCACCGGCAGCAGCACCGGCAGCAGCAGCAGCAGCAGCGGCCGUGCAGCAGCCAGAAGAGCAGCCAGAAGAGGCCGACCGCCGCUCCCCCCGCACCAAACCCGACAAGAAGAAGAACAAGAAGAAGCGCAAGAAGACCAAAGAAGAGUCAGACGAGAGUGAGUCCAGCAGUGACGAGAGCAGCAGCAGCAGCAGCGAGUCGUCGUCCGACGAGUCUUCUUCAUCCGAGUCCUCCUCGUCGAGUGAGGAGGAGCGUCGCCGGAGGCGCAGGAAGCGCAAGGCUAGGGGGAAGAAGAGGCGGCGCAAGGACAAGGACAAGGAGAACGAGGAGAAGGACAAGAAGAAGAAGCACAAGCGGGGCAAGAAGGACAAGGACGACAAGGACGCCAUGGCCGAGGAUGACCUACCGGACAACAAGCACGUCGAGGAGCCCGCAGACCAGAAGGACAACAAGGAGCAGGAGGAGCCCGCCGUCAAGCCAGUGGAGAUCAUACACAAAGGCCGCACCCUCAAAGGCCGGGUCAGCUCGGCCGUGGCUAAGCCCACCCAUACACACACACACAGCGACGGACGGCAACAUGGCAUUCCUCAUUGCAUUGCAUGCCUUCUCAGGGUCACACUGUCUUCAGGAGCAGCCGCUUCGACCCGAUCGAGGCACCAGUCGACCCCUGGAAGGCCACAGACUGCCCCUACGACGACAGAGGCCGCAAACGACGCCCACCGCCACCAGUCGACAAAGCGGCCAAAGACAGUGCCGCCCACCCCCCUCCCGACCGAGAGCAGCCCCAGGUUCCUCCGCCCCACUCGGCCGCCGAGCGCCGUGACCACUACUACAGUGCCACAUCUCGUGCUGAGCGUGAGGAGGAUGUGCCCAUGUACCCUCUGUAUGGCGAUGAGGAGGAGAGGGGCCGCAAGCGCGCCAGGCCCCGCCAGCAGAUGACGGCGGACCGCUGGGGUGGUGGGCCCUCUCGCGAGGGCGAGGACACCACCGAGCAGAUCCGGUUGCACGCCAAGGCCUCGGUCAAGAAUGUCCUCGACCAGCACCCGGAGAGGGAGGGCGACAAGCGGGGGCCUGACGAUCGGCCGAGAGAACCGCGACGCCAGGAGCGAGACGACCGUAGGGAUGAUGAUCGGCGGGGCCCCUACGACCGCCCGCCGCCACGAGACGACAGGGGCCGUGACGUCGACUGGCGCGAUAGGCGUGGCGGCUAUGGGUCUCGACGUGACGACAGAGAUCGCGAGUGGUAUCGUGAGAGGCGCGAGGAGAGGGGGGACAUGCGGCGUGGUGGGUAUCGUGAGAGGGAGAGGGAGGAGAGGGACCGGCGCGAGAGGGGGCGGUGGAUGGACGGGGGGGCUGACGGUGGAGACCGUCGACAUCGAGACGAUGAGGUGAGGUAACAACACAGCACACACACAGACGACACAAGAAACCCAUUCCAUGGACACCCCCUCGUCUGUCUGUCCCCUGCUCUUUCACGCAGCGUGACCGAGAUCGUGAGCAGGACCGUUCUGACAAGGAUGGCAGGCGCAUACCAGACUAUCGAGAUCUGGAGGAGGUGAGGACAUCAAGACCCCACUCGAACGAGCAAAGCAGCCAGCUAAGACACCUCCACUGCCUGUCUCUCCCUGCAGGAUGAUCGUGAUCGCGGCCGUGACCGACGCGAGGCUGACAGAGACCGCCCCCCAGGGGCUCGCGAUGAGGACGACCGACGCACAAGGGACAUCCGUCGGCGCGAGAGGGACGGGAGGCAGGAGGAUGGCGAGCUGAAUGACGCCAACUCUAAGAAAGGAGGACAGCGUGAUGAUGAUGGCGAUCGCCCUGGUGAGGAGAGGAGCCCUGACAGCGGCGGCGUGAAGGGCGGCGGGAAGAAAAGGUCUCGAUGGGACAUGACAGCUCCCCGGAAGGACGACAGGGAGGGAGGGGGGGAGGGGAAGGGGGACAAGGAGUACGUGCCCGAGUGAGGGAGGGCAGAGAGAGAGAGAGACAAAGAGGCAGGCAGGCAGGCAGAUAGACGGGGCUGUCUGUCUGUCUGUCUGUGUUGCGUAAGGUGGGCUAUGUGAUGACGGGCGGCUGGUUGUUUGUUUGCUGAUGUCCAUGGUGAUGCAUAGGGGUGGGGUCUUUCUGACAGAAGCGGAAAGGGCCGUUGCUUCACCGCUGGCGAGAAGAAGCGACCUCAGACACGAGCAAACUGACGACAGACAGACAAACAGACAGACAGUGGCUCACUUGAUGUGCACCGGUCCACUGCGUGAAUGCGAGUCGCAUCUGCCUACUUUUUCUCAUCUGUCGUGCUCUGGAUAAUAUGGCUGACUUGGGGACUGGGGUGUGGGUGGCGUGAGUGUGUUUAAGAGAGACAGACGCCGCGCACACACAUGACAUGACAUGGCCGGCGAUGCGGUGUGUGACUCACGCGACAGAUUGAUGGAU